CACGUCUAAACUUCUCUUCUCUCCCUCACUUCUUUUCAAACAAUACAUUAUACAAAUAUGGUGUUUUCAAAAGCCGAAAGCCCAUUCUACGACAUCAAGGUCACAACGGUUGGACCAGGAUACAUAUCUGGUCAAAAUGCGGUUCAAGAACUAACUGGCAUGGACUUAGCCAUGAAGCUUCAUUACAUACGAGCCGUUUACUAUUUCAGAAGCCCAGCUUUUGAAGGGUUAUCCAUUGUCGCUAUUAAGGAGGUCAUCUUCAAGUGGCACAGCAAAGCUUAUAUCCCUUGUGGUCGUUUAAGAAGGGCUGAUUCAGGUCGACCAUAUAUCAAGUGCAAUGACUGUGGAGCCCGGAUGAUCGAGGCUAGGUGCAACAUGACCCUGGAUGAGUGGCUCGAGUCGGUAGAUGAUGAUAAACACAAACUUCUUGUUCCUAAUCCUGUACUCGGUCCCGACUUGCCUUUUUCUCCACCGGUUUUUAUGCAGUUAACCAUGUUUAAAUGUGGCGCGACAUCAGUUGGGGUAAGUUGGGCUCAUGUACUUGGAGAUGUUUUUUCUGCUACGAUUUUUAUGAACAUGUGGGGCGAUGCCACUAGGGAUCUUUAUCCUGCACAACCACUCCUUAUGGUUCCUUCACAUAAUGAGGACGCUAAAUACAAAAGCGCAAUGAAGGAUCCGCUUGCUAUAAAACGGGUCGACCCAGUAGGUGAUCUCUGGGCCACCACAAAUGACACGAAAAUUGAAAAUUAUUCUUUCUAUCUUUCUUGGCCCGAGUUAACCCGUCUACAAUCAAAGAUAUGUGGAGAUAAUGAUCAUCAAACAAUUCCACCAUUCGAGUCAAUUUGCUCUGUGGUUUGGCAAUGUUUAGCGAAGGUUAAACAAGGGUCCAAAGUGAAUACUGUGACAAUUUGUCAACGUGACUCACAAAAUUCGUUCGAAGGGGUUAUGACCAACAAAGCUCAAGCGAUUAAGGUGGUAGAAACAGAAGAAUCUGUCGAAGAAUCUAGCCUAAUGGAACUUGGGUUACUCUUAAUGAAUCAAGGCGUGGAUGAGCGGAAAAGUAUUGAGGAAACAAUGGAAUCGGAUGGUGGAUUAGCAGACUUUAUAUUAUAUGGAGCGAAUUUGACUUUUGUUGACUUACUUGAUGCCCCAUUUUAUGAUCUAGAUAUAAGAGGAAACACGCCUGUGUAUGUAAAUUGUGUUAUUGAUAACGUUGGAGAUGAAGGUGUCGUGUUCGUUUAUCCAGCACGAAAGGAUCAGUCUGAUGGGAUGAGAGUCAGCAUUACAUUGCCCCAAAACCAUAUUUCAAAGCUUAAGUCGAUGCUUAAGAAAGAAUGGUCUCUCUUCUGAGAUGAAAACACAUACAUGUAUUACGUACUCAAUUUAUGUAUAUUGUGUGCACGACUAUAUGUACCAGUAUGUAUAAAUCUUGGGCUAAUGUGUGUUGCCCAUCAUUUGAAAUAAAUCAUUUAAUCCUGUUACUAAGACUUAAUUAUAGAAUCCAUGAGUG